AUGGAGGGUGAGAUGUUUUUCAAGGAAGAUAGACGAGGUGGAAUGCCUGUGACAUUUGUGAAUAUGGAUGCUAAGGCUGGAACUAAAUUGAGUGUUGAAGAAAUUUUUAGUGAGGCUGAAAGUGAUAUGGAGAAGGGUUGGUGGAGCUUGUGUUAUGACAAGUUUGAUAAGACACUCUCUGAAUGGGUAGGCAACUUUGAUCCUACAAAGUUCAAUUUGAUAGUUGGAAGUAAUUGUCUAUCUGAUUUCUGGCGUGGUACAAUACGAGAUUUAAUAGAAGCAAUUGCUCAAAUUCACUAUUGUGGGUUUUUUCACGGUUCGUUGAAUCGAUAUGAAAAUUAUGUUGUUGUUGGGGACCAAAUGAAAAUAUAUAACAUCGGUGGUUGUUUGGACGGCUGUAGUAGUGCACAUGCCCGAUAUUCAAAGAAAAUGCAGGAUUUCAUAGACUUCAGGGACACUCUGCAGGAUCUGCUGGCACCUGGUUUUACUAAUUGGCCUGAGCGUGAUACAUUUCUUCAAUGUUUUGACGAUGCUGCAAAAUUUAACUUAAGCUAUAAGGACUAUGUUGAGAAAUUGAAGAACCACCCCUUUUUAUUGACUCCUCGUGGAAGGUUGAAAUAUGUUACAAGUAUUUAUAAUGAUAAUCAUCUAUUUACUAUAAACCAGGAGUUGAACAACGGUGAUGAAUUUCAAGAUUUCUAUGAUUGGUACGAAGACAAAGACAAGGAUAACUGGGCUAAGUUUUUGUGUGAUAUAUUUGAGUCUGAAAUCAGUAACUCAUAUGAUCGUCGCCCGUCGCAGCUUUUAAGGUUCAUGCGAAACAUCUAUGAACAUUAUAGGAAAUAUACUAAGACGAAAACGAUUGAGAAUGUGGACGAAAUUCUUAGGACACACUGGAAGGGUUUUAUUGAUCGGGUUCAUCUGAUCAAUAAGAUUGAAGCUUGUGUGGAUGAGGGAUGUUGUUCGUGA